UUGUAUAUAUUAAGGGUGGCCAGUCAGCAAUCUACGGUGUGUUAAAGCAUCUCAGCUGGUCAGGCCCUGGAACUGCUCCUGAGCUUCUGCUCCAGGACACUGACUUUCAACAGGAUGAAGACUACAACUUGUUGCCUUCUCAUCUUUCUCUGCCUUCUCCAGCUGAUGGUCCCAAUGAAUACUGAGAAGACCUUAGACUCUCUACUGGAGGAAAAAAUCAAGAAACUUACCAGCUGUGAAGAUGGCUGUUUCUCCACUGUGACUAAGGCUCUCUCCUGCACUAGUAUCAAGGCCUCAGGCAGACUAGCCUCCUGUCCUCCUGGGACGGCUGUCACUGGUUGUGCUUGUGGCUAUGGCUGUGGAUCAUGGGAUAUCCAGAAUGGAAAUACUUGCCACUGUCAGUGUGCAGUCAUCGACUGGGUCAGCGCCCGCUGCUGCCAACUGUCCUGAGAAUGAGGAGGCUGAGAACCCAUUUUGGAAAUGAUGACUAUAAUGAAACCGCAAUCCCAACUUAGCAACCUGGUUCAUGUCCCCUUGAUGCAUUCAUAUUACCCAGUAAUCCUGCUUCUUGAAAAAUAAAGAGAAAUUUCACCUGCUUA